AGUCUGCGCGGGCGGCGGCAGCGGCCGCGGCUGCGCCAGCUUUUUGCGACAGGCCGGAAAGCAGCCGCCGCGCUCCAAGCUAAACCAGCAUGGGGAAAAUCGCGCUGCAGCUCAAGGCUUCUCUGGAAAACGUCACCAACCUGCGGCCGGUGGGCGAGGACUUCCGGUGGUACCUGAAGAUGAAAUGUGGCAACUGUGGUGAGGUUUCAGACAAGUGGCAAUACAUCCGGCUGAUGGACAGUGUGGCCCUGAAGGGAGGCCGUGGCAGUGCCUCCAUGGUCCAGAAGUGCAAGCUGUGUGCUCGGGAAAACUCCAUUGAGAUUUUGAGCAGCACCAUCAAGUCUUACAAUGCAGAAGACAAUGAGAAAUUCAAGACAAUAGUAGAGUUUGAGUGCCGGGGCCUUGAACCAGUUGACUUCCAGCCCCAGGCUGGCUUUGCUGCUGAAGGCGUGGAGUCGGGGACAGUCUUCAGUGACAUUAAUCUGCAGGAGAAGGACUGGACUGACUACGACGAAAAGUCCCAGGAGUCGGUGGGGAUCUAUGAGGUCACCCACCAGUUUCUCAAGUGCUGAACGCUCCUGGUCUUUAAGAACUCUGCAGAGACCAAGUGCCCAGGCACCAACACCUACAGAGCCUGGUCCCUCGGUUCCUUGUGCCCUGGUAGCUGUGUUAAGUCCUCCCAAUCCACUUGCUGGGCUUCGUCGUAGUUCCCAAAUCCUACCAGUGAAGCCCCCAUGAAGCCCCAGUGAUAUAUGAAGAUAGAGCGAAAGAGCAGCCACUCCCUCCACAAAUAACUAUGUACUCUGGAGUUCUUUGCCUUCUGACAUCUUUCCGUGGCUUAAAAACCUGUGCCUGGUAGAAUUUGCAGAACACAUGGCUUCUAAGGGCUCUGCAGCCCAUGGUCUAGGAGCAGGUCAACCCAGAGGAUAAAAGGCAUCAGGGCCAGGGCAUAAAGGACAGAAAGCUUCCUUCACUUUUGGAAUGAGGUGAAGACAUCAGUCAUGACCUGCGCAGUUUUAUGGGACUGAGAUCCUCACACAGUACACAAAGUUGUUUGCUGCACUGAGAAAUCAGAAGCCACUGUUAGGUUCUGCUAAAGACUAGAAUUCCUUUUUUUUUUUUGAGAGUGACUGAGUCUUGCUGUAUAGCUCAGGCCUCUAGUUCACAAUCCAUCUGCCUCAGUCUUCCAAGUACUAGGAUUAUAAUGUAGGCCAUCAUGCCCAACAGACUCUGGAAUUCUUUGGAAAUAAAAAUUAUACCUUUUUUUCAUA